AUGGAGGAUAUUGCGGAUGAAGAGGAAGGUGACACGUAUGAAGCGCCUCCUUGUGAGCGUCCGGCUGUGAAAGUCCCACAGAGACAAGUGGAAGAAGACGUUUAUCUGGAAAGGACGUCCAAUCCUGCUGUUCCACAAAGGCAUGCUGCUCCUCCACCCAGGCAGAAAGCUUUGAAACCUCAUCAACGUGCUAAAGAGUUCUACUUUGAUCUCAACACUAAGAAACCACCUGAGGUAAACAGAAAUGACAAACCUGGGAGAAAGAAGAUGCCUCCUCCACCGGUCCGAUCUGCUCCUGCUCCAGUUCCUGAACCCAACACCGAGGAAGAUGUGUAUCUGGAUCCAAAUGAAGAACAGGAAGAUAAUGACGACCUGUAUUUAGAACCAACAGCUGCUUGCUCUCCUGGCCCUCGUGGUCCAAUGAGGAUGCCUCCUUCUGCCAUCCCCAUGAUGAAGCCUCCAGUUCCCAGAGCUAAGUCAAAUUCACUCUUGCCUUCUUUGAAUGAAGUAAAAGGUCCUUCAGUUGAAGCAAGACGCGCCACAUUUCCAACCAAAUUCCCUCCACCGACUCCCAGUGUUAAGCCCCCUCUGCCUGCAAACCUGAAGGAAGCUAAGCCCAGCCCUCCAAAUCCUCCCAUGGCAGACACUAAGCCUGCGGCCUCCUCUGGUGGUAUGAGGGCUACCAAACAAGCAGGGAAUGAGGUUAAAGAGUGGUUUGCUGGAGACUGUAACAGAAAGACAGCCGAGGAUCUCUUACUGCGAGUCAACAAGGACGGCGCCUUCCUCAUCCGACACAGCUCGGCCCAGAACGCCCGCCAGCCGUACACCCUCGCUGUGCUCUACCAGCAGAAGGUGUACAACAUUCCCAUCCGAUUCCUGGGGGAGACACAAGGCUACGCCCUGGGAAAGGAGGGCAAGAAGAACGAAGAGAUUUUCACCAGUCUGGACGAGAUGAUAACUCACCACAAGAAUAAUCAGCUGUGUCUGAUUGACAGCAAGAGCCAGGCCAAGCACAUGGCGUAUUUAACUCACCCUGCACGCCCUUAAAACUACAGAACCUCUCUCAUGCUUCCUUCAAAUAGUCAUAUGAGGAUAAUUGCACAGUUUCCCACCUGGAGAUUCUGUAAGUGUAAUUACAACUCUAUGAAAUCAGUCACACAGUCUUUAUGUUAUUGGUAAAUUGAAAUAGACGCUGCAACCAUUCAAUGCACUGAAACACUGUAUAAGCAGAGUAAGAGAGUUGAAAACAGUAUAAAUCCAAAACAUAAACCUCUGAAAUCAUCAAGUUCUGUUGUUUGACGAGGCAAUUUUCCUGUUUUGCACCAUGUCAUCAGUUUAGCAACAAUUGCACAAGUUUAAUUGUUUUCUAGUGAAAAGGAAAAUGUGUCACUGUGUUACUGUCACUCAGUCUGGAUGUUUCCAGAUGAAGAAAUGAUGCUCCCACUGUCAUAGCUGUCUGUUCAUUGACUGUUUAACAUACAAACAGUAUAUUUCUGCUGUAAUAAGAUGUCAAUCCACGAGAUCAUUGAUUUGCAUCUUUAAGGGACAGGUUCACAAUUUUUUAAGUCUGCCUUAAAACAACAGUUUGGUGCCCAAAUGAACACUGACACAUGUU